GACGCUCUAUCUAGCUUCCCUCUCUAUGGAUUUACUGGACGGUGCCCGUGGAGGGUCAAAUCUCGUCUGACAGCUGAGUGCCGUCUACCCAUUGAUGUAGAGACACCAUGGCCCCGGCUUUUCCCUCGGACUGGGAUGACGAUGAACGGAUGUCCUUCUUGUUCUCUGCCUUCAAGCAGUCUCGUGAUGUGGACAGUGCAGAUUGGGACAGUAAAAUGGCUUUCUGGACACCUCUGAUUAUAAUGCACGCUAAGGCUCAAGGGCUACUCACAAUUUCGUUGUGCCAGCUACAAAAAGACUUUACCCGCAAGGGCAUUUCUCCUUUAGGUCUGGGAACAGUCGUCCAGGAAAUGCUAAGGCAAGGUUCCCUGCAGAGAGAGUCCGAUUUUGUGGCAGGUAUCACCAGCGGCUGGGUCUCUUGGGGCGUGAGAGAGCUGGUCAUCAAACCUCUACGCUGGACCAUCAGCUCAGUCCUCGGUGGACAGUUAAACCCAGAUGAGCCAUUUGUGGUUCCUGAAGUAAUAAAGGAACAGGCAGAUGUGGUGUUACAGAAGUACCAGUCCUCUCCACUCUGCACCGUCCCCUUGCUGUGUGAGGAUGAUGUACAUGGACUCUGCAAAGAUCUGAUCCCGACUAAGUCUGAAUUUCAGCUGGUUCUGUUGCAGCUUCUGAGAGACAAGAAGGUCUGUCUUCUACAGAGAGACGGUGAGAGGCUCGUCAAGUUUGUCCAGGGAGGAAGUAAUCAAGUGACCCCCAUAAGAGACACCGAUCUGGGCAUUUAUGACUUACAGAAAAGCGAGAAGCUGCUAUCGGAGAGACUGCAGAGCGCGUGUGACGAAUCUUCAAGGCUGACGGAAGAGGCAAAAAGCUUUAAUAAGGCCGGGAAUAAGCAACAGGCCCUGAGAUGCCUUCGUCGCAGGAAAGUGGCAGAAAAGCAGAUAUCUGCUCUGCAGAGCAAGUUGGACACAGUGCAGAGCAUUCUGGAGAGAAUAUCAAUGGCUGAGACUGACCGCAAGGUGGUGUCUGCGUACCAGGCAGGAGUCUCUGCUCUGCGCUCAGCAAUGAAGGAUGUCAGUCUGGAGAAAGCAGAGAGUUUAGUAGAUCAGAUACAAGAGUUCUGCGACCUGCAGGAUGACGUCAACCAGACCCUGUCAUCAGUGGGAACCAGCGAUCUUGAUGUGGACACAGAUGAGCUGGAGAGAGAGCUGAAUGAGAUUCUUCAGAAGGAGGAGGUGGAGGUGGAGGUGGACCUUCCAGACGUUCCCACUGGUCCAUUGAUUGCCUCUCCACAGCACCCUCCUCUUAGCCAUCAUGGUGAUAACAGAGCUCUGGACAUGAGCGGGAUGCUGUCUGCCCUCCCAGAUGUCCCUAGUGGUCCCCCUCACUCGUUCUCCACUACGUCCUUCAGUGGGGCAGAGUAAUCAAAGCGCUGCUCUUCAAACCCAUCGUGCACUUUUCCAAUGAUCGUGGGGUGAUUUGUAGAAAAAGUCGCCUCAUAUGGGACUCCUGUUUAAUUUAUGUUUCAUUGAUGAGCUGCUUCGAAUUAAAGGGUUAAACCUGAAAAAUCAUAAUCACUAAAAUGGAUUAUCUAGGGUCAUUAUGUACCAGGGCCGUUCGUUCUUUGACUCUGUUCUCACAAAGGCAAGUUUCAUAUAUAGGCGAUAACCAGGGCCGUACAGGAAAAGCUACCAAAAUGACGGCCCCCCUCUCUGACGUCACUUCCUAAAAGAGUUGGUUCAGGUGCAGGGCCACCAGAGUUGUUCUCCUUCCCUAGGACAGGUUUUCUGCUGUCGUGAGGCGCCCAAAGAUUGCACGGUUUUCUCGAGGGAUGUGUAGCUCAGACUGCUGUAUAAAAACUGAAAAUGUCUGCUAAAAGGGCUCAUAUACAAUAAAGAGUUGACUUGUUUUUCCAGAAGUAGUAUCACUUAUGUCUCAGCUGUGUCUGCUAUAGCAACGUACCGUAGCUUUGUUUAAUGGAAAUAUCACCUACAAUAAAGUUACCAGUCCGCAUGAAAUACUAAAGAUUUGUAUUACUCGUGGAGCGGCGAGGAUAUUACCAGCGUGUUCUCCCUCUGUGAUGUCGCCUUGUCUCUGCACUUGUUUUUUGUUUUGUGAUGUAAUUUAUUGUAUAUAAUAAAAAUCGUUUGGAUUUCAUGCUGUCUGGUAACUUUUUUGUAGGUUAUAUGUACUGUAUUUUUACCAUAGGCAUGGGUUUAACUAGAUAAAAGCAAUAGGUUAUUUGGUUGCGGUAUUGUGCCUUCAUUAUUGGUAUAGUUUUUGUUUAAUGGAAGACUGUCAGCAGUUUUGACUCCCCACAACUGCUGACGACACUAUGUAGGGGUGGGGGGCAGAGCAGACAUACCUACCAUGAUGCUUAACAAGAAAUGCAUUCACAAGUGCCCAGGAGGCAGUCUCCUGUGCCCUCUGCCCUAAACGCUGCCCCAGCCCCGCCAGUCUAUUGGGAGUGAUGACUAUAGCGGGAGACCACUAGAGCUGUUCUUCAGAGAGCUCAGGGCACUCGACACAAUGGGACCGCAUCCAGGGCACUUGCCAUUGUGGUGUCAUGCUUAUUAAAAGUUGGGUCUAUGGA